AUGGACUAUGCCGGUCGGGUCAAGCAAUGUGUUGAAGAAUCCAUUCAUGUGAGGUUUGAUGAGGAAUCAUACACUGAUGAAAAAGUCACUCAUUCUCCUUCUAUCUUUCAAGAGCUUCUCUCUUGUCCAUUCGAUGAAGCACCUUCUGCUGAAGAUAAGACUGAUUCCUCUGAUCCUAUCAUUCCAGUUCCAUGUUCCUUGAAUCAAGAUAUUGCAGCCACAUCAGCAGAUAAUUCAUUAAGUGCUGAUGAAACCCUUGAAGCUGAAGAUUCCCCUGAAACUGAUAAUGUGCCAGUGUCUAUCUCUCCGGAAUCAACAUUAGUCAUUGAACAUCGAGAUCAUCCUGUUGACCGAAUUAUAGGGAAUAUUCAUGAUGAAUCCAUUCAUGUGAGGUUUGAUGAGGAAUCAUACACUGAUGAAAAAGUCACUCAUUCUCCUUCUAUCUUUCAAGAGCUUCUCUCUUGUCCAUUCGAUGAAGCACCUUCUGCUGAAGAUAAGACUGAUUCCUCUGAUCCUAUCAUUCCAGUUCCAUGUUCCUUGAAUCAAGAUAUUGCAGCCACAUCAGCAGAUAAUUCAUUAAGUGCUGAUGAAACCCUUGAAGCUGAAGAUUCUCCUGAAACUGAUAAUGUGUCAGUGUCUAUCUCUCCGGAAUCAACAUCAGUCAUUGAACAUCGAGAUCAUCCUGUUGAUCGAAUUAUAGGGAAUAUUCAUGAUGGUGUCCGAACCAGAUCUAGUGCACUUAAUAACUUUUGCAUAAUUCUCAAAUACUCUCCAAUGGCGGCAUCUCUGUUCACAUACUCCUCAACCUCUCGAAGAGUCGUUCCUGCCCCAAACUCUCCUCCACUUCCAAUUCACAUCAAGGAAACCAAUGUCGUCUUCAACCCUGACAUUCCAGAGGUUCAUCGAGGUCUUGGACUCGAUGAUUUCGUCAAUUUCUUGGCUUCUUGCCGCCUUCGAUAUGCAAUCAGUGAUGUACUGUCCGAGUUCUUCCCUGAACAAGUAUGUGAGUUUUACUAUACUACAACAGUUAAUGAAGAAAACAAUGCCAUCACCGGAACCAUUGGUCAUGGAAGACACUCUGUCUUCAUCACCGCAGAACUACUCAGUGCUGCUUUAAGGUUACCAAUUUUCGAACCCUUUUCUGAACCUCCAACUAUUGAAAUAUGUAAACGAAUAUUUGAUCAACUGGGCUAUGAUCAUUCAAAGGCUGGUACUCGAUCAGCUCUUAUUUUGCGUCAGUGCAUGACCCCAGGCUGGAAGUUUUUCACUGGUGCUUUAUGCAAGUGUGUGGGUCACAAGUCUCGCAUUGGUGAUCAAUUGAGUAAUUAUGAGCAACAAGUCGUCUGCUGA